ACUCGCUUGUCUCCUUGUCUUGUCUUUUUUCGCAUCACUUAUUCAACCGUCUAAGAUAUGUCUCUCCAAGCUGUUUCCCGGUCCGUCAUGGCCGGCUCUGUCCGUCAAAUGGCCGGUUUCCGUGCUCCUUCUGCCUUGACCAGAAGUGCCUUUGCCUCGCUUAGAACCUAUGCUUCCUCCAAAUUCCCACCACAUACCGUCAUCAACAUGCCUGCCUUGUCUCCAACCAUGACCCAAGGUGGUAUCGUUCUGUGGGGUAAGCAAGCCGGUGAUGAAUUGACUCCAGGUGAACCAAUUGCCGAAAUCGAAACCGAUAAGGCUUCCAUGGAUUUGGAAUUCCAAGAAGAAGGUUUCAUGGCUAAGAUCUUGAUGGCUGAAGGUGCCAAGGACGUCCCAGUCGGUACCCCAAUUGCCGUCUACGUCGAAGAAAAGGGUGACGUUGACGCCUUUGCCGACUUCACCGCUGAAGACGCCGGUUCUCAAGCUGCUCCAGCCGCUCCAGCCAAGGAAGAAUCCAAGGAAGAAUCCAAGGAAGAAGCCAAGGAAGAAGCCGCUCCAGCCAAGAAGGACUCUUCCUCCUCCUCCUCCUCCGCUCCAAAGACCAAGACCGACAGAAUCUUUGCCUCUCCUCUUGCCAAGACCAUUGCCCUCAACCAAGGCAUUGCCCUCAAGAACAUCAAGGGUUCCGGUCCAAACGGUAGAAUUGUUGCCAAGGACGUUGAAAACUACAAGCCAGAAGCCGCCUCUUCCGGUGCUGCUGCUACCGCCGGUUCCGCCGCCCCAGCUGCUGCCACCUUCACUGAUGCUCCUAUCUCUUCCAUGAGAAAGACCAUUGCUUCUAGACUUCUUCAAUCCACUCAACAAUCUCCAUCUUACAUUGUUCAAUCCCAAAUCUCCGUCUCCAAGCUUUUGAAGCUCCGUCAAUCCUUGAACGCCCUGGCCGAAGACAGAUACAGACUUUCCGUCAACGAUCUUUUGAUCAAGGCUGUUGCUCUUGCCUCCUUGAGAGUCCCAGAAGUCAACUCUGCCUGGUUGGGUGACCAAGGUGUCAUCAGAACCUACUCCACCGUCGACGUUUCCGUUGCCGUUGCCACCCCAACCGGUCUCAUCACCCCAAUCGUCAAGAACGCCCACACCAAGGGUUUGGCUGCCAUCUCCACCGAAAUCAAGGACUUGGGUAAGCGUGCCAAGAUCGGCAAGUUGAACCCAGAAGAAUACCAAGGUGGUACCAUCACCAUCUCCAACUUGGGUAUGAACCACGCCGUCACCUCCUUCACCUCCAUCAUCAACCCUCCACAAAGUGCCAUUGUUGCCAUUGGUACCGUUGAAAAGCGUGCCGUUCCUCUGGCCGUCAACGAACAAGGCUUUGUCUUUGAUGAUGUCAUUACCAUCACCGGUACCUUUGACCACAGAACCGUCGACGGUGCUCUCGGUGGUGAAUGGAUCAAGGCGUUGAAGAAGAUUGUUGAAAACCCAUUGGAAAUGUUGGUUUAAAUAACCACUGAAUAAUAUACGGGCAGCAAAGACGUCCGAAGGGUAUAAAAUAAAUAGAAAUGAAACGCAUGUGUACGUACCU